UAGUAACAGGCGUGAACAGCUGCUUGCACGUAUUUUACUGAUAACAUAACAUAACCUCACUUUCAACUCAAAGCGGAAGCGGCAUACAAAUAUUAUUUUUUCAGCCCUACUUGUAAUUAAUGUUCGAUAACUGUUAAUAAGGUUAAUCUACUUUAGUUACUGUAAUCAAACAUGUUUUCUGCGGUGCCGAAACCAUGUAUUCGGUCUAUCCCCAAUCGAGUGAAAGAAUUUUCUCGUAGGCUUGGCAUCUCUAUUCAACAUUCGAAGCUCCAGUAAUCAUACUGGUAGGGAUGAUAAUCCGAAAAAGGAUAUGACAAAGUAUCGGUACAUCUAUCCCGAGUUUCUACCAGACCCAAAAAUUGACUUUAGGAACCCUGUUCGUGAAAUGUUAGAAAGGAAUGAUAUGAUUGCAAGACGGCAUCAAAUUGACAUACCUGAAUUUUAUGUUGGUAAGGGUUUCCUCUUUUGCUCACAGUUGUCAUGUUUAUUUAGGAAUACUAGUGUCAACAUUUUAAAAGAAUACAAGAAACCUGACUGCAGUAACGGAAAAUAAUGAAGCUUCAUAUUGUGUUCCAUUCUGGCUCCAUAUUAGCAGUAGAAGCCUCAGAUCCCCAUACACCAGGUAAAGUGCAAAGAUUUGUUGGGAUUUGUAUACAGAGGAAAAAUUGUGGACUAAGAGCAAACUUCACUCUAAGAAAUGUCAUUGAUCAUCAGGGAGUUGAAAUUCUAUAUGAUCUGUAUGACCCUUCCAUUCAAAAGAUAGAAGUUUUGAAACUAGAAAAGAGAUUGGACGAUGAAUUGUUAUAUCUUAGAGAUGCUUUACCAGAAUACAGUACUUUUGAUCCAAAUAUGGAAGCAGAAAUUCUACCAGAAGAUGGUUCAGUACCUGUUAACCCAAUAAAAGUUAAGUUGAAACCAAGGCCUUGGCUGGAAAGGUGGGAGAGAAAGAAUUUAAAAGGGGUUCAAGACUUAGAACUACCUGAAAGAUUCUACAAGAGAGCUGCAGAGGUAGCUACACCUUGGGAAAAAUAUGAUUUGAUGAAGGAUUACAUGAGGACAAUACCUGAGGAAGAGCAAAAUGAAAUAUUCAGAGAACUACAAUCCAAGUUACAGACUGCAAAUGUGCAGAUAAAGAGACAGAAGAGGAAACGAGUAUUUGUGAAACCAACAAAAUUGGCUUAAUUCUUAUUUCAAAAAUGUUCAAUGUGUAAUAAAAAAAUAUAUUUGGAAAUCGAUACUUUUUACAUUGUGAUGAAAUAAAUAAGUACAAGUAGUAAAAAAACUAUUUAUGGACAAUUUCUUUCAAAUUUACAAAAUAAUUACAGAAUUAUAAAGUUUAACGGCAGUAUAAGAACUAUGUACAAAUAAAAUGAAGUUCAC